AUGUACAGGCACUAUGAUGGGGAAGAUCUAGAGCAACUAAACCUUAGAGAGCUUCAAAAUGUGGAGCAACAACUUGAGACUGCUCUUAAGCGAAUACGGACAAAAAAGAACCAACUCAUGCAUGAGUCCAUCUCUGAGCUUCAUAAAAAGGAGAGGGCAUUGCAAGAAAGAAACAAUUCACUCUCUAAGAAGUUGAAAGAGAAUGAGAAGACCAGUGAGCAACAAAUUCCAAUGUUACAAUUACCUCAGCAUCCACCUCAACCACAUCCAUGUUCAGUUCCUUCUUUUGCAAACACAAGUGGACCAUUCAUUGGAGCGGCCAUGAGGGAGGAGGAAUCAGCUCAAGUUCAACACGUCUCCACCACCAUGAUGCCAUUGUGGAUGAUCCGCCACAUUAACCAAUAA